CUCCCGCCUUCCUCCGCCGCCCUCCCCGAGGCAGCAGCCCAUGGCCGGACCCAGCUCGGCGCGGCUGCAGGGCGAAGCGGCCGCCUUCACCGCCGCCCUCCGCACACUGGUCAACAACCCCCAGUUCAGUGACGUGACGUUUGUGGUGGGCCCGGAGCAGCAGAAGGUGUUUGCGCACCGCUGUGUGUUGGUGUGCCGCUGUCAGGCUUUCCAGGGGAUGCUCUGCCAGGGGCCAGUGGACAGUGAGGACUCCCCCAGCAGUGUCCCACCCCAGGGCCCCUUCAUCCUGGGAAACGUGCAGCCUGAGGUCUUCCUGACUGUCAUCGAGUUCCUCUACACAAACAGUGUCACCCUCAACAGACGUAUCGCACUGGAGGUGCUGACCUCGUCAGUGGAAUAUGGCCUGCAGGACCUGUGCAAGCUGUGUGUCAAAUUCAUCAAGGAUACACUGAGCAUUGAGCAGGUCUGUGAGGCUCUGCAGGCUGCGGUGACCUAUGGGCAGGCAGACCUCCAACAGCACUGCCUGGCCUUCAUUGAAGGCUGCACUGCGGCAGUUGUACGGACACGGGGCUUCCACGAGCUCUCGGAUGUGGUGCUGGCGCGGGUGCUGCGCAGCGACCGCCUGGCUGUGGAUGAGCUGGACCUGGUACAAGCUGUGCGGGAGUGGGCACACGUCAGCUCGGCAGUCCUGGAGCGCCCAGUGUCUGAGGUGGCUGCCCUGCCCGUGCAAGAGCUACGCUUGCCCCUGCUAGCACCCAGCGAGCUGGCGACACUGGAGAGACACAACCAGCAGGAUCUGCUCAUCCCGAUGGAAAACAUCGCAGCAGCCUGGCGGUCCCAUGCCCUGAAGAAGGGGAGUGGGGUGCCCUUCCACCUCUGCCGGCCUCGUCGGGGCACACGGCCUCGUGACCACCACCGUCACCUUGACCCACAUGCCAAGUAGGGGCUGGGUGGUGAGGUUACCCCCCCAUCCAAUCUGGAAGCUCAGGCAACAGCAGUUCCUCCCAAGCUGGAUGCUCUGCCGUGGUGCUGGACCCUGCUAGAGGCUUCCCUGGCCAAGAGCAUCAACACAGCGCUUUGCCCUACAGCUUCGGAGUCAGGGCAGGAUGCCCGGAUCACACCCAGCCAUGGUGCAGGGACUGGGGUCAGAGCUGUACGGUGGGGUGGGUGCGAGGACACUCAGA